GUUAGAUGUGAGUUUACUGUGCUUCCCGAAAAUCGAAAAUUAGUGUACGGUAACUAGAUGACGGAAUGUCGGCUACUGAAUAUGAAGGCUGGUCAUCAAAAGGAUUUCACGGAAACAAGAUCCAUUGUAUAUUUCAUCAUUCUAUUGGUCAAUGCCUUAUCUCAAGGCUUACCUGUCUUUGUUUUCUCGUCGUGGUUACUUUCAUCAUUUGUCUAACUCAAGAAUUCACUUUUAUGUUCACUUUCAGAAGUUAUAUGACAACUACGACAAUGCCAAAAGACUUUGCUACGAAUAAUUCUAAACGGAAACUACAUGAGCCUAAAUUGUGGGCUAGCGAUAUCAGUAGUAACGAAAUAAAUGAUUGGCGAAAAAUUACUGAAGAAAUUUACGUGUACUCUGCUUACUGGGAGUCGCGAUUAGGAAAUGCAUCCUUCGUUAGAAUAAUAGGCGGUGCUAAAAUAGUAGGAGAGAAUUUAAAUAACUUAAAAUGUUUAUUUCUGAAAAGUAAAAUUCAUGGUAUUUAUAAGGAAAUUCCUUCUACGUACGAAGUUUUAAUAGAACACCAUAAAAAACCAUGUAAAGCUGUUUACAUAAUGUGUUCUUCAUAUAACGAAAAACCACCAGCUUUUGUUGCUUUAGUACCAAAUAUGUGGAAUAGCACAUGGAGGACUAAACCUCAAUGGAUUGCUGUAAAUCUGUUAAAAGGGAAUAAAGAACCUUCAGGUAUAGGAGUUUGUGUUAGACCACUUUUUAACUACACAGACGUUUUCCGUGUAGUUGAAUUCAUCGCUUUCUAUGAAGCUCUUGGUGUUACUCAUUUCACUUUCUACAGGUACGAAAUUGCAAAUGAUAUCAACAGAUUAAUAGAAGAAGCCCGAAAUGCUAAUUAUUCCUUGGAAAUUUUGCCUUGGAGCUUACCGCAAGAACUGAGUAGUAUGUGGGCUUUAGGACAGAUGGCAAGCAUUAAUGAUUGCAUUUAUCGCCAGAUGCAGUCAUUGGCUUAUGUAGUUGUUGUUGACUUGGAUGAGUUUAUUACCCCAAGACAUGCAAUAACUCUGCAACAGCUUUUAUCAUCACAUGAUAUCCCAGAAAAGAAAUCAGCAAGUUUUGUCUUCAGGAGUUGCGUCUUUUGUAUAGAGUACGAAAGGGAUAUUUUCCCUGAUGAAAUACCUCCAUUUAUAACUCAAACAAGCAUUCGAAGAGAAAGUACUAUUUAUCCUUUUCUUGUACGCACAAAAUAUGUCGUGAAACCACGCAGGAUGGUGACUUCCGGAGUGCAUCACGUCUGGGAGUUACUACCCGGAUGGGAGGAACGCUUGAUCCCUGCCAGCCACGUUCUUGUUCAUCAUUAUAGAGCACAACUGUGUACAGAAGGAAGGAAGAAGCUUAAAAAGGGAGAGGUUGAUGUUAUGGCUAGGAAAUACUUAAAUCAGAUGUUACGUUCAAAAAUUGUAUCUGUUUGGAAACGUAAAUUCUGCACAAAGACCCCAAUGCAUGUAAAUUUCUCAACACAGGCACUGAAACAGACAAGAAAAUGAAGAAUAUAUGUUUUUAAAAAUAUGCUCAACUGAGCAAACGGAACAAACAAUGUAGUCGAUAUAUUUAAUAUUAUGCAUAAGCUGAUUUACGCACAUACAAUCUAUGAAAGAAUGAAGAUAUAGAUAUAUAUGAACUCCUAGAAAUUCAAAGAGUUGCUUAGUUAAAAUUUCAAUAAUUUAACUUUUAAUAUUUCUCUGUAUGUAUAUGAGCAUUUAUUUAUUAUUGUGCAUUUAUUUAUCGAGCAUACAUUUUGUGCAUAUGUAACUUUAUCGCAGAAAGGUAAAAUGUGAUUUUUAAGAAUAAUGUUCCUUCUCGACUUGCAUGAAAUUUGUUUCAACUUAGUUAACAAGAAUUUUUACCAGUACUAAAAUAUCAUUAUGUAUUUUUAUUCUGUAUAUAAUUGUUGGAUGACAAAUAUGUCAAGUCUUUUUGUAAAAACUGAAAUUUAUGUUACAUUUAACAAGGAUAUAUGUAAAAGAACUUAAUAUAAAAUAUACAGACAUUUUAAAUACACAGAAUACACAAAAUUCAAAGAA